CUACACUCAUCACAACAUACAGUAAACACUGUUUUGUCAACAAUUUUAACAUUUUAUGGCAUUUUAAUUGAGUUUUUGUGAAACAAAUGUCAUUUCAAUUGAAAUUCAAAGAGUUUCUCAAAAGGGAUCAAACCAUGACUUCCAGCCAUUCAGACACCGACGACAACAGUCAGCAACACAUCCAGUAUUUCCAUCGAUACACAAAACUCAGGAAGAGAUGCGAUGCCAUCAAAACAGACAACGAAAGACUCAUCCAAAACAUCCAUCAAAUGAAGACAUUAUCUCAUAAAUACAGACAACAGAAGAGGAUUAUAAUGAAACGAUUGGCCAAACAUCGAGAUAAUUAUAUGACCUGUGAUUUACCACUAUUUCUUGAGAAAGACGAGUCAACACAACAGCCAACAAGUGAUGUGAAGCCAAAACAUUUGGUCACAAAAGUCAAUACAAACGCAACAAACAUGUCAUCGAAACCUAAAAAAUCGAAACCAAAUCAGAGUAGAAAUGAGAUCACAUCCAACGGAACCGUUUAUGUCGUUCCCAAAAAACCUAUCAAUCCAUACCUUCUCUUCUGUCAGGAGAAUAGGAGUUCAUUACAAGAGAAAUAUCACAUGAAAUACAAUGCUGAAAUGACACACCAGGAGCUGACAAAAGCAUUAGCACAACAAUGGCAUGAAUUGUCACUCACUUCCAAACAGAUUUAUUAUAAUCUGUUUAAUAACGAUAAGAUUCGUUAUGAGAACGAAAUGAAGAUAUUUACUGCCAAUUCAUCGAAAAAGCCCCCAAACAAAGACGUCGACUGAUAUGGCAUUACUUGGCUUUGAAAUUAUCCUUCAAUCGUCUCAACUCACCCAUCGUUGCGAUCGAAUCAUUCUCUUUGUGGACCACUUUUUGGACACUUUGGACGUCAACUCUCAUGAAAGGAUUGGUUUUCUUCUCCUCACCAAUCGUUGACGGAAUUGUCGCCUCUUUUCUCGAACGCAAGUCCUGUAUAUUAAGUGUAAAUAAAAUUUUAUAUUUUAUUAGAAAAAUAA